AUGCAUCACACGGUGGAGCAGCUCGGGGACAAAGGCACCAAGGACAGCUAUGCCAUCCAGUGUCUGCAGAAGUCUUUAGAAGCCGACCCAAACUCUGGCCAGUCCUGGUACUUCCUCGGCAGGUGCUACUCCAGUAUUGGGAAGGUGCAGGAUGCCUUCAUCUCUUACCGCCAGUCCAUUGACAAGUCUGAGGCCAGUGCUGACACCUGGUGCUCCAUAGGGGUGCUGUACCAGCAGCAGAACCAGCCUAUGGAUGCACUGCAGGCCUACAUCUGUGCUGUGCAACUGGACCACAGCCACGCCGCUGCCUGGAUGGACCUGGGCACGCUCUAUGAAUCCUGCGGCCAGCCGCACGACGCUAUCAAGUGCUACAUGAACGCCACCCGCAGCAGGGCCUGCCUCAACACGGCCGCACUCACACAACGCAUCAAACUGCUGCAGGCUCAGUUGUGUAACCUACAGCCAGGUAGUCUGCAGAAUAAGAGUAAAAUGCUUCCUAGUAUUGAGGAGGCAUGGAGCCUACCCAUUCCUGCUGAGCUCACGUCCAGGCAGGGGGCCUUGAACACUGCACAGGCACAGCAGGCCUGCAAGGGGGAGGGAGGCCAGUCGGCCAGUAAUCACACAGACCCACAGGCCAGUCCUGCCAAGAGGAAACGCACUGCCAGCCCAGCGAAGAGUGUCGCCGACUCGUGGACAAACAGCACCAAUCAACAGCAGAUCCCCAGCUGGUACCUGACGCCACAGAAGCUUCAGCUCCUGGAUCACCUGCGGACCAACCGAGCGAACCUCAAGCCCCCCCAGGUGCAGAUGCUGGAACAGCUGGAGAACCAGUUCUCUCUCAUGCAGCAACACCAGCAGCAGCAGAUGAGGCAGCAGGCGGCAGCGGGUGUCCAGCCGAGGCUCAGCCUCCCCAACGGUCCGUCGGCUGAGCCCUCUCACCACCACGCAGACCUCCCCCGCGCCUCCCCUCUCAAUCACACGGCCCCCCGGCCCCCGGGUUCCACCCAGCCCACAGCCAACGGAUCCUGUUCUUCGAGUCCGUCGGCGGGGCCGCUGGGACACCUGGACAAAAAUCACACCCUGGGCCUGGGAGGUGGCGGCGCGAGCAACGGAAACGUGCCUUACCCGCAGCAGAACUCUCUACCUCACAACUGCACAGCCGCCAGUCACCCCAGCACCAGCAGCACUACCAGUAGUCCCAGUCAUGCAGACGAGACAUGGAGGAGCCAGCAGCGCAACACUACCACUCAGGGGCUUCAAAAAGGUCCAGGUUCUCAUUCGGCGGGUCCAAAUGGAGAACCCCCUUUCUCUUCCUCCUCCUCCCCUCAGACCUCGUUCUCUUCCUCUGGCAUUCUGAAUCAGGUUGGACAUUCCUCUGGGCUCUGCACUGCCUCCUCCUCAGCCUCAUCGUUGUCCCCCACCUCCCCCCAGACCACACCCAACCACUUUUCCUCGCCUCCCCACUCCGCUACUACCUCAGGGGUCCACACCAAAGACACCACGCCUUCAGGGGGCAGCAACGGCAGCAGCAGCUCCGUUGCUACUUUGCCAUCAGGUCCGGAGGCCGCCGUCAGGCAUUCUGCAGGGACUCCCCUUAGUCCCAGCACCGCCCCCGCGCAGGGAUUGACUAAUCACGUCCAGCCGCGGGUGACGGACAGCUCCACCGGCCCGUCUCAGCCUGGCUCUCCUGCCCCCGGCGUGCUCAGUUCAGACAAUCCUCAGCUCUCAGCCUUGCUAAAGGGAAAAGCCAAUACUACCAGUAAUGACGACAACAAUAACUACAGUAACCACGGAGGGCCUUCCUCAGAGAAAAUCAACAACGUCCACCCGGGUCUCCACGGUGCCGCCAAGAAGCCAUCGGAGCCAUCGGCGGCGUCCUCGCCACCGUCAGCCACUGCUACACCCUCUCCUCGCUCUGCAGACGCUCACGCCACCAACAGCCUCUCCUGCCUUAACAGCCCAUCUGCCACUAACAGCCAGGGGCCCACGCUCAAUGGGAAGGGGCUGGACGACUCCCAGAGCCCCAUGAAGGUGGAGCCUCCUGGAGGAGCUCAUAAACACAGCGCCCCCGCUGGUCUGGCACCCUGGUCCUCGUUCUCCAUCUACCCCAGCUCCAGUGAAGUCCUCAAAGCCUGCAGGUACCUGGGGAAGAACGGCCUGUCGACGAGCAGCGUCCUCCUGGACAAGUGUCCCCCGCCGCGACCCCCUCGCCCGCCAUCUCCUCCGCUGCCAAAGGACAAACUCAACCCUCCGACGCCCAGUAUUUAUCUGGAAAACAAGAGGGACGCUUUCUUCCCGCCGCUCCAUCAGUUUUGCACCAACUCCUCUAACCCAGUCACCGUCAUCAGAGGCCUGGCCGGAGCCCUCAAACUGG